AUGGCGGAGGGCGGGCACGGCUCAGGUGGGAGCCCGGCCAGCCCCGGCUCCGCUCCGAGCCCCCCGGGCAGGGCUCCCGCGCUGCCUCCCCGGCCCCUCGGGGCCCUUCAGGCUGCCCUUGCCCGCUGCCCGGCCAGCCCCGGCCUGGGCCGCCCGCUCCUCUCCCGCGCGCCCCACAGAGUGCCCGAAGCCGCCCCGAUCCCCACCGGCAGCAGGGCCCCGAGCGGUUCUGCUCGUGGGCCUUACGGUGCUGUCGCCGCCGUACGCUCCCGGCAGACGCGCUGUGUGUGUGCUGAGCAUGAAGAGGAACAGCCUCAAUUUUCAGAUGUUCCUCGAUCAAAACAAGAUCCUGAAUCAAAACAAGAAUCAGUGCCUUUGGAAGCAGAAAUUCCUAUGGAAGAGCUUUUUUCUCCUCCUGCAGACCAAUAUCUGCUAUCUGUACUUGGGGAAGCUCCCCCUGGAGAACCCCCUAAUCCAAAAAAAUGUUCUCCUCGAGAAUACUUGGAGUUUUACAUCUUCCCAGUGCUCUUACCAGGACUGGCUGCACUGCUGCAGGAAGCAGAGAAGGAGAAGUGUUUGGAGGAAAAAAGAACCAAAUUUAUUCCCUCUGAUUUUCUAACUGAGUGGUUAUACAACAAGAAUCCAAAGAGGAAAGAUGAGUCAUUCACAGAAUUGUUUUCCAUUCCUUUUGUUAAGGACUGGCUAAAGGACCAUCCUAGACCACCAGUUCCUCUAUCUCUGCUUCUGUCAGAAGAAGAAGCCAGCAUACUAAUUCAGUCCUUCUGGAGAGGUUAUCGGGUUCGUUGUGAUAGUGAAGUACAAGAGCUACGUCAGUGGCAAAAGAAGCUGAGAGAGGAGAGGUACAUUAAUGAGGUAGUGAGAAAAUUCUGGGCUAAACAGGAAGCCAAAGUAUUUGCAUUGAAAAAAAAAACUGCGUUAAUCAGAUGCUCUGGAAAUGCACUGGUUGCCUUCAUUUUGGAUUUUCUUCUCAGUCCAGGGUUGUGUUCCAUCAGCUCUUGUAUUUCUGUGUCUGUCUUUGCAUAA